GUGUGUGUGUGUAUGUGUGUAUUUGUGUGUAUAUAUGUGUGUGUAUAUAUGUAUGUGUGAGUGUGUAUGUUUGUGUGUGUGUGCAUGCAUGUGUGUGUGUAGGUGUGUGUGUGUGUGACUGAACACAGCUGUUUAGUUUUAAUGGAUAUUUUACAAAGAUUUACUCAUUUAAUUUAAUUUCAAUUUAAAUUUUAUGGUUUACUUAUAGCUACGGUUAUAGUUACUGUGUGUGUGAGUGUUUGUGUGUGUGUGUGUGUGUGUGUGUGUGUGUGUGUGUGUGUGUGUGUAUAUGUGUGUAUAUGUGUGUGUAUAUGUGUGUAUACUAUAAAAGGUGUCCCACCUAUAAAGCUGCAUUUGAUAUCAAUAGAAGUGUAAAUGUGUAGUGAAGUGUGUCAGUGAGUCUCAGUAAAUGUAAGUGUAAGUUGUGAUGUAGUGUGUGUUUGAUGUGGUGGUCAGUAGUUUUGUCCGGAGCUGCAAUCAGAGUUUAUCAUUGGAAGUUUAUGACAAAUUACUAAAAUAUUUAGUUUUAAACUUAAUUUGCUAGAGUUUAGUUACAGUGUCCAGCAGGACCUCAUAAGUGUGUGUGUGUGUGUGUGUGUGUGUGUGUGUGUGUGUGUGUGUGUGUGAGUGAGUGUGUGUGUGUCAUGUUCACUUAAAGAUCAGUGCUUCGGGGUUUUGAUGCAACAUUCCGUCCACGAUGUUGUGUUUUAUAAUUUUUUGAAAACUAUUUUUCUACUGCUUUUCUAUGUGUGCACAUGAACCUGUUGAAAGCAAAAGUGUUAUGUUUGCAUCUUUUCAAUUAACAAUGUAUAAUCUGACCCGUAACGCACUGUAACCACACAUACACCGGCAAUGUCUGUGUAAAUGAUCUUAAAAAAAAUGACAGUGGAUUUGUAUUUCUGAAAUAAAACAGUCAAUUUGAAGCAGCUUUAUAGUUUUAUUUUCCUGAAUAAAUGUUAUUCCAGCUGUGAUCCAGUGGCAGGAGGGGAUGAGAUCCAGUCCCAAUAUGGGCAAAGUGCCUGUUUACUGACAUGGAGGUGAUGUAACAAUCAAUUUGUUAUGUAUUUAAUUCAAAUAAAAAAAAGUAUUAAAUGAUCAAGAAUUUGUGUGAUUUAUGAUCAUCCACAAGGAGGCAGCAGUGACCAGUUUUCUGUGUGUGUGUGUGUGUGUGUGUGUGUGUGUGUGUGUGUGUGUGUGUGUGUGUGUGUGUGUGUGUGUGUUUGAGAACGCUAUGUGAGAGGGCAUUAGAGGAUGUCAGAUGUGCAGAUGAAAGUUUACAUUCCUGAACCACACCUGAGUGAAAAUGAUAAUGAUGAUGAUGAUGAUGAUGAUGAUGAUGACAAGGAUUGUGAGGAUGAAGAUUAUGACAGUGAUGAUGAUGACAGUAAAAAUGCUGAGGAUGAUAGUGCGUUAUGUAGUACACUAAUGUACACUACAGGAGUGUGUGUGUGUGUGUGUGUGUGUGUGUGUGCGCGUGUGUGUGUGUGUGUGUGUGUGUGUGCGUGUGAUUUAGGACAGGGACCGUUCCUGUGCGCGCGUACGUGUGUCUGGAGGAGCACGUGAUCUUAGCGCUCUCUGUCACCUCAAAAAACUAGUUUUUUUAUUUAAUUUAUCUGAGUGUGUGUGUGUGUGUGUGUCUGUGUGUGUGUGUGUGUGUGUGUGUGUGUGCGCACGCUCGUGUGUGCAUGAUGUCCGGUAACGCGUCGCUUCUCCGUUCCUCUGGUAACAUCACUAACCGGUUCGCGCAGCCGCCGUGGCGCGUGGCUCUGUGGUCUCUGGCGUACAGCUGCGUGCUGCUGGUCGCCGUGUUCGGGAACCUGGUGGUCAUCUGGAUCAUCGUGGCGCACAAGCGCAUGCGGACGGUCACCAACUACUUCCUGCUGAACCUCGCGGUGUCGGACGCGUCCAUGGCGGCGCUCAACACUCCGAUCAAUUUCGUGUACGCGGCCCACGGGGACUGGUACUUCGGGGACGCGUACUGCAAGUUCCACAACUUCUUCCCCGUGGCCGCCGUGUUCGCCAGCAUCUACUCCAUGACCGCCAUUGCCGUGGACAGGUACAUGGCGAUCAUCCACCCUCUGAAACCACGUUUCUCAGCCACUUUGACCAGACUGGUGAUUGUGUGUGUGUGGGGAGCGGCCGUAGUGUUAGCCUUCCCGCUCUGCUUCUACUCCAAGACCACAGCUAUUCGCAACAGAACGCUGUGUUACGUGGACUGGCCCCGCCACAAAACUGAUGAGUUCAUGUACCACAUCAUCAUAUCUGUGUUGGUGUAUCUGCUGCCUCUAGUGGUGAUGGCGAUUACAUACAGCUUGGUUGGAGUCACACUGUGGGGGGGCGGCAUGGCAGGAAACUCCUCUGACAACUACCUGGAGCAGCUACAGGCGAAACGCAAGGUGGUGAAGAUGAUGGUGUUGGUGGUGGUGACCUUUGUUCUGUGCUGGUUGCCGUAUCACAUCUAUUUCAUCAUCACAGGUCUUUACCCCAACAUCCGCAAGUGGAAAUAUAUCCAGCAGGUUUAUCUGGCUGUGAUGUGGCUCGCCAUGAGCUCCACCGUCUACAACCCCAUCAUCUACUGUACCCUCAACAGCAGGUUCCGUGCAGGUUUUAAGCGAGUGUUCCGCUGGUGUCCCUUCAUCACCCUGUCUCAUUUAGAUGAGCUGGAGUUGAACUCGGCCCGAUUCCAGAGGAACCGGCAGAGCAGCCUGUUCGCCCUGACCCGCCUGGAGUCCAGCAUGGACACACACACCUCACACUCGUCACGACGCAAGAGCUCGGCCGCCAGUCGCUACAGCAGCCUCAGCAGCCAAUCACGUCUCGCCACUCGUCUCUCACUGAACGGCUGUCAGCAUCCCCCUGCUGUGAACACCACGCCCACCUAAUGUAGCUCUCAGCCAAUCACAAGCCUCCAGCUGGGGUUUAGUGUCUGUAAAAGUUGUUCUACUUCCUGUUCGGUUACUUCCUUUUCCUUUUUCCUGAGUGUGUGGUGAGCGUGUGCUUCCUCUUCCUCUUAAUCUUCCGCAUCUUAUACACUCGAUUUCAAUCCUGAUUAUAGAUGAUGUCAUACAGUGCAUUAGAAUAACCAAUCAGCAGCUUCGGUUUAACUGUGGAACUGAACACACAUUUACAGUCAGAACACACACAUUUCCACACACACUCAUCACUCAUGCUACUUUUCUGCCUACCCUGCCCAUUUUCCCUCCCUUUUCUUCCCCUUCUGCCCCUUUCCUGUCUCUCCCGCCCCUCCUCUUCCUUUCCUGCCCCUCAUGUCCCUUAACUAUUUUCCUGUAAUUUCUUUCUGCCUCCUCAAAACUGAUGUCACUGAUAUAAAAAGUUCAUAUUUUCUGGA